AUAUCACAUUUACUAAUCUGUGUUCUGUGUAAUAAAUAAGUAUUUAAAAAAAGCUGAGAAAAUAAUAAUAAUCUUUCGAUUUGCAAAAAUACAUUUGUUUUAAUAUCUAAAGAUGACAUAAACUUUUGAUGAUCUACUCUGAUUUCUAGAGUGAGUAUAGAGAGCACAAGAGAGAGAGAGAGGGAGAUUAGAGCUUGUACGUGUACUCAUCAUUUAUUUAGGCCUCAAAAUGGCUGAGGAUAUUGAUAUAGAAGAGCAUGACCUAUUUGAAAAUCCAAUCAUAAAAAGAAUGUUUCCAGAUUUAUCAGUUAUUAAACAAGAAAUUAUGGAUUUCGAUGAAGGUGUGCCUGUAAACACAAAAAUCGAUACAAAUAUUGUAACAGAUGAAGCUUCUGGUGAUGUAAAUAUCUUAAAUAAAAGUAUACAUUCAGAUGUGACAAAUUGUUUUAACACUGAAAUAGUACUUGGAUCAAAUCCAGCAAGAACAAAGAAAUCAGAAGUUACAUUAGAAAAAGAAGUAAAAGUCAAGUUACAGGAUAUGAAACCAUAUUUAAAAAGAACUAUGAGAUAUUGUGACAUAUGUUUAAUACUUUUCCCAAGCAAUGUGUCUUUAAAUAUUCAUCGAAUGAGAGUUCACACUGCUUUGGACAAUUGUGUUAAUGAAGACUUUCCCAAAUGCACAAAUAAACGCAAGAGUAGCCUAUGUCAGACAGAAUUCAAUACUAAAGAUAAUUUAAAACGAAACAAAAAGAAUGUUCAAGGGAUAUAUCCCAUAUAUAGACAAAAUAUAAUAGACCAGAAUUAUAAAGAAAAAGAUGUUGUGCCCAACAUGUACGAACUAAAAACAAAUGUUGUUACUAAUUUACAUAAACCAUGCUUUCAUUGUCAAAUGCUCUUUCCUAAUCAACAAGAUCUUAUUGAUCAUUUAUAUUCCGUUCUAUAUGCUAAAAAAGCGCAGGUUUCGCAAGAAAAUAUAGAAAAAAAUGCAAUCAAACAAGACAUGCAGACAGUUAGUAAAGCAGUUUUAACACACAACAUUAAUAUCAGUACAAAAAAACAAAUGGAAAAGAAAAGUAAUGUUAGUGAAUUAAACAUCAUUUAUAGUUGUCCAAUUUGUUCUCACUAUUAUGAUAAAGAAACUUUUUGUAGAAGUCACUGUAUAGUUAAACAUAAAGCAAAUAAGGACAUCAAAAUAAAUACAUCAUCAUUUAAUCCCAUGUGUAAAUUUUGUAAUUCAAAAAAUGAUAACAUAUUAUCAUAUAAUACUCAUUUGCGCAAAAGUCAUGAAGAUGAAAUGGUAAAACUUGUAUCAGGAUCUAACAAUUUAGAUACUAACUAUUCCAAAAAUGGAGAUUUUACUACAAUAGGUGAUUUUAGGAGUCAAGAUAAUGCCAACCUUUUUCAUGAAACUGUAGAGGUUGUAGUUUCAAAAAUCAUACUUUACAAAUGUUCAGAAUGUAAUAUUCACUUUAUUACUUUUCGAGCUGCCAUCAAACAUUUUGAGCACAUAAAGAUUCAAGAAAAAUGGAAAUGUUCAAUAUGUCAUAAAAUUUUCAAGGAUAAUGAUGCUCAACUUCAUCAAAAGCAGCAUACUUGCUCUAACUAUUUUGAAAUAGUACAAGUGUUUGCUGAAGUUAAGCCUAGAAUUUUGUAUAAAUGUUCCACAUGUGCUAUGCAUUUUAGUGAUAAAAUUUCUGAACACAUUUGCAAAUUAGGACAACCCAAAUCAUCUAAGUCAAUAUAUUGCAAAAUUUGUGAUAUUUUAAUUGAACCUACUAUUAAACCCAGUCACGAUAAUGAUCAUAAACUAAGGAAUUUCACGCAAACUGACUUUGAAAUAAUAGGGACAGAAUUACCUCUUAUCAAUGAUAAGAAACAUAUCAAAGCUAAUCCACACAACCUUCAAAAUUAUUCCAAAGCAAACAUUAAUAAUAAACAUAAGAAUAUUAUUAAAAUAUCAAAAAGUCUUUUUGCAAAGAAACAUCUCAGUUUUAAUUAUUGUAAUGUAUGCAAAUGCUACAUAUAUACACUUCAUAGAGCAGAUAUUCAUCUGAAAUCGCUUUGUGUAAACAUUGUAAAAUAUAUUUGUAAAUUCUGUGGACUAAUGUUUUCCAAUAAAUCAAUAAUAUCACAUAAAAGAUUGCAUCGAAACUAUAAGAAUUUAAAACUGCAAGAUUUUACAUUUUAUGACUUGCAUACUAACAAGAAGAUGAAACCUCUAAUACCAGAAUUUCCCAAAUGUGAAAUGUGUGAUGAACAUUUUAUUUCAAAAUUUGAGGUUAAAGGGCAUCUUUGUGAGAUACAUGAUUAUUGCAUUUGUUCUAUUUGUAAUACAAAAUUUUCUGAAACUGCUUAUAAAUUACAUAUGCCCUUUCAUUGUUAUGAGAAUUCGAAAAUUGGAAAUAAAAAAUCAAAACAUAGUUUUAACGCGGUUAUAACCAAUAAUAAUACAAGUACUAAUGAAAAUAUUGUAUCCAAGCAGGACACAAUGUCAAUUUAUACAUGUAAAAAUUGCGAUUUAUCAAUAACCACGUAUGAUGAAGUAAUAGAACAUUGUCAUUUACAUACAAAUCUCAAUAAAAUAGAAGUGAAUGCUGUCGCAUGCUCAGAGUGCCAGUUAAAAUUUGUCAACUCGUCCUAUACUAAACACUUAGAAUUACAUACAGAUUUGAAAAAUGUAAAAUUUUCGCAUUAUUCUUUUGAUGUGAUGUAUUUCGGUUCUGAUAUUAAUAACUGGCUAAAACAUAUUUACAAGUCUCUACCCAAACAUAAAGUGGAUAUGCUAAUAGGGGAUUCAAUUUACAAAUACGAAACUAGAUUAAAAAUGGCAGUUAUACAGGAAGGUCCAUCUAACUUGAUAAUAUAUAAGUGUGAAAAAUGUGAAUGUGUUAUAGAUUCUGCUUCUAUUUACAGUCAUAUAGUGACUUGUCCAAAUUCUGAAAUAAGCGCGUGUACUUUUUGCAAUUUAUCUUUUGAGUGUAGUACCGCAAGAAAUAAUCAUGAAAAAAUCCACACAAUACCUGAUAUUACGAUAAAAUCAUAUAAAAUAGUUAUGUUCAAUCGGGAACAAGAUCGUAAUACAAAUUAUAAUAUAUCAAAUUUAAAAAAGUGUUAUGUUGUUUAUGAAUGUAGAUGCUGCCACGUACUUGUAGAUAUUUACAAUUACAACUUCCACAGAUGUUUUCGUAAUGAUUGUAAAAAAUGUUACGUUUGUGGUUUAUUAAUAAGUGCAGAUAACUUUGAUGAUCACGUUUUAAAACAUAAACUAGUUCCGAGUUUUAAUGAUUUCAAAAUCAAAGUAGUUUUGCUUGGUAACCAACCUGAGGAGAACAGUAUUUCGCAAAAAAAUAAUAAUUUAGUACCAACUUUUAAUGGCAUUGUGUGUGAUUAUACAUUUUAUAAAUGUAUAGAUUGUGAGGUAUGCAUCAGGGACAUGCGUAAUACGGUUCAUCAUUCUUGUCUUAUUGAUGCAGCUAAAGCUCGGUGUAUCAAAUGUGAUUUAAUUUUUGAUGAAGGAAAACUAAAAGGUCAUCUGAAAUUACAUGACACGGACCCUGAUUUCACUAGCGAAACAAUACAGGUGAAACCGUUUACUAAUCGUAAACAAAAUAAAACCGAUUGCCUAAAGAAUAAUGAAACCAUCGGUAAUUUUAAAAAUAGAAUACUAAAUAACCAGGAAGAAGUGAAUUUCAAAAUGGCAAAAUUAUAUAAAUGUCGCUGUGGUUUACAUUAUUUACAGCUACCAGCACUACGUGAACAUAUGAAAAAGUGCUCUGGUAAGAAUAAAGGUAUUCAGACCUGUUCCAAAUGCUGUCUCAAUUUCACGUCAGAUGUAUUAUUUAAACACCUACUGGAGCAUCAUGGAGAUAAAAAUGCUAUUUAUAAAUUUGAAAUAGAAAGUUAACUCUUUAAAGUUAAUAUUUGUGGUAAACAUUAACUCAUUAAAAUCGUUUAAAGAAUAUUGCAGCUCUUAAUACCAGUAAGUUGAAAAUGUUAUUGUGUUGAAAGUUUGAUUUUAAGUUUAUUAAUAUCAGUGCACACUUAUUAAACUUUUACUUAGAUGUUAUUAAUAAGUGGAGUUAUACGGUAUUACAGUUGUUCAUUGCAAAAUUGACUAUAAUGUGUGUACCACACGAACUUUCUUUACCUAUAGGUAUAAUAUUUUACUAGCGUUUUUGAGCAUUCUCAUAUUCUGCAUAUUCUUGGAACUUUAUACUAACCUAAAUAAUGUUAGAUAAGCUACUAUCCUAAUACUUAAUAAUAGGCUGGAAGUAAGUACUUGUCUAAGGUAAAAGAUAUUUCAGACCCAUCACAACGUAAUAUGUUACUUGUACAUAGUGGAUGUUUAUUCAUAAAAUAAAGUUUUGUGUGCUACUGCACUUACCUAAAUUAAAUGUAAGCGCGGCGCAGGCGACAGCAUGUUUUAUUCUGUUUAAAACUAUAAAAUAAAAAUUACCAGAAUAUCGUGGACACUGCAACUACGCUACGCUUGCGCUGCGUUUUGAAGAAGGUACUUCACUGUUACGUAUUUUUAUGUUUUUCAGAGAUGAAUAUUUAAAAGAUAAAUAAAAGAGUAUUAGUUAUAUGAAAAAUACCUUUUUUUACUAAUAGCUUAGGUACUAUCAAGACGCACGCAACUUCUUUUGGUAAUUGUCCUUACGCCCUAUUUAAAUCUAUUCAUACUUCUAUAGCUACUAAUAUUGUAAGAUAUGGAAUGCUAUCUACUAGCUUCCAGUUUCUAUAAAACUUCUAAAUUAUGACGUGAUUGCAAUCAAGCGCAAGCUAAAAAGGAUCAGUUAAGUAGUUAUGUAAAAUCAUAUAAUUACUAGUAUGCGACGAACUUUUUUGCAUUCAACUUUGUGGAUUUGUGAUUUUCAAUCGAUCAAGUUAUUCUAGUAGAUAAAAAAUUUUAAUAAAAAAAUUCAACCGACUUCCAAGUCAAAAAAUAACUUUAACUAAAAAGCAAAAAAUAACAUAUCAAAAUUUUUAUUUUUUUAUUUUUAGUGUUAGCAUACCUACUGUACAGUCACCACCUAUCUAAGUGGAAAGUUCUUAUCAAUACAAAAUUAUCAAGUCCAAACACAAGGUAGCUACUGGGAGCCGUCGAAGAGUUCUCUUCACUAUCCCUCGUCUUCAUCAUCAGACCCUUAAUACAGUCACAAUCCAUCUAGGUGGAAAGUUCUCAUCAACACAAAUUUAUCAAGUCCAAACACAAGGUAGCUACUGUGAACCGUCGAGGACUUCUCUUCACUGUCCCUCGUCUUCAUCACCAGACCUUUAAUACAGUCACAAUCCAUCUAGGUGGAAAGUUCUCAUCAAUACAAAUUUAUCAAGUCCAAACACGAGGUAGCUACUGUGAACCGUCGAGGAGUUCUCUUCACUGUCCCUCGUCUUCAUCACCAGACCCUUAAUACAGUCACAACCCAUAUAGGUGGAAAGUACUCAUCAAUACAAAUUAAUCAAGCCCAAACAAAAGGUGACUGCUGUAAAUCGUUGACGAGUUCCAUCGUCUGUGUUUCGGCUCCAUCAUCAGACCAACUCCAAACCUUCAUAAAGUUGUAGUAGUUUAAAAUACCUUAUGGAAACACUAACAAACGCACUAGCCGUCUCUACAACUUUCGAAAGUUCCCCUCAAUUUCUCCAGGAUGCCAUCAUCAGAUCCUGACAUGAAAAAAAUGGGACCACCCUGGAAGUAAACCCUUCAAAACAAAAAAAGAAUUUUCAAAAUCGGUCCAUAAUUGACGGAA